AUGAAAAAUAAAUUUAAAGCUAGAUUGAUUGCAUGGUAUAAUGAAGAGGAUGAUUGGGAACUUUUAAAAUCAAGUUUAUAUUCCAAAAAAAUUGAUGAAAUAGAACUUGCAAUUAAAAAAUUACAAUUGUAUAAAGCAUUAAAACCAUCUUUGUUGCCACACGCUAUAGAUAUGACUGCUUGUUUAAGAGAGGCACAAAUAUUUGAUUACAAUCAUACACAUUAUGCCUUUAACACAAAUAUGGAGAAAAAUUUACCGACUACUGGAAAGGUUUCAGAUUCUUCUACUAGCUUAACCACAAGUAACAUAAUUAAACAUAAUUAUUCCAUAAUCUUGAUCAGAUUUGUUAAUGGUUUGCUAGAUCCAAUACAAAAAUCUAAAUUUGCCAUUCCAUUGCUACAAUUAGCAGCAGAGUUAAAAUUGCCUACGUGGUUUGUUGAAUUAAGACAUCAAUCCACACAUGAGAGGAAUUUACCUAGCCUGGAGAUUUUAAGAUUUGCCUGUGAACAAUCGAUUUUCUGGUUAUGGAACAAUUAUUGGAAUACUGUACCAGGUCAAAAAGUGGGUAAUUUGGUAAGUGCUUUAAAUGAUGAUGAUGAUGAUGAUGACGACGACGACGACGAUGAUGAUAGUGACGGAGACAAGACCACGGAGAAUGAAUGGAAUCAAAAAUUUCGGGAAAUAGUCAAUUUGUAUAAAGAUAUCUAUCCAUGGUUGAACAAUAUUGAGAAUAAAAAAUAUUGGGACGCAAACUUUAGUAAAGGCAUCAAACAAUCCAAAUUUACUGAGAUUACUGAUGGUAAAAGUGAUAACAACCGUUCAACUGAUAAAAUAGUAGAUUUAAAAUUGAGUAAAUUAGACCAAUUAAUCAGGAAUAUAAAACAAUUAUGGAAUAAAUAUACUAAUAAACGCCCAACUUUUAUUGAGUUAUUAUUUAGUGAAUUGCUGGAUGAAAAUGAUGGUAUAUUACUAAGAAUAUGCUACCAAAAAUUAAACAACUUUGACGUUCAUUAUUUUGAUGGUAUUAUGAAUUAUAGCAACAACAAUGACGACACAUGUAAUAAAUUCAUUAAUAUGAUUGAUUGUGAACAAUUUAUAAAUCAAUAUAAUAGAACCUGGCGAAGUAAAGUCCAAAAUAGCGUACAUUGUAUUAAGAAUGACACUGCGUUGAUGUUGUUUGAAAAGAUUAAGGGGAGACUGCCAAGAAACAUGGUUAGAAGUUAUCAGAGAAAAUCACGUGGAAACGAUAAAAACUAUAGAUUCACUAACUACAUUAAUUUUAUAGGAGAUCUAGAUUCUUACAGAGUCGAAACCAAUACGGAAUCUUCCACCACUUUGAUCGAAAAAAAAAGAACAUCAGACAAGGUGGAAGAUAGGGAAAAAGUGGCAGAAGAAGUCCAAAGCAGCCAGAUAGCGAAAAAAUUGGACUCUGUAGAAAACAUACUGGCGGAUAUCAAUAAAUUAAAGAAGCAAAAGGUUGAGUUAAGGGAUGAUGAAAAUAACAAUAAUGACAUUGUUACUACCUUAUAUAGAUGGGAACCUGCACAAGACUGGGAACCUAGACCGAUUGGGAUUUUAUAA